AUGUCCCACGAAGAUGCCGAAAGAGAAGGCCGUGGCCAGAACCCAUUGUCCAAUACGGUCCCACAAACAACCGAAAUUUUGCGUUGUAUCCGCUGCCACGGCCGCCGAUCUCGAGCCUACCAUUGGGAACACUGGCAAGACCCCGUGUUACACCCUGCCGCCGGUAUCUGUUCGCGGAAGCGGACCAAGUGUGCUGAGGUUCAGGCUCGGUCCGACCACCAUCUAGGUGUCCACGAGCUUCCUGCGACAUGGUCACGUACGUGGAAACUGGAUACCUAUGCAACAUGA